CUGGGCAGACAGACGAUUGCUGUUAUUGAUCUUGUUACAGGAGUUCAGUUAGGGCCAUGGUGGCACGAAGCUCGGGUGGAUUGGUUGGAGCUGACUGAGAGCGGACAUCUGCUUCUGUUCCGUCAUACUAGACGACGACUUGCACUUCUCCGUAUUGAUACCGGUGAAAAGGAAAUUAUCGCGAGCGGAGUUAGUUUCGUGCAAUGGAUAGAAAACAGUGACGCUGUUGUAGCCCAAACCCCAACACAUUUGCUGAUUUGGUGCAGUGUAUGGGAGCCUCAGUGUGUUGUCAUGUCUGAGUGUGUAUCAGUCUCGGCUGUAUCAGUAUCAGAGCGACGAGUCCUACUGGAAGGAGGUCAGAUCCAGGCCAUUGUAUUGGAUGAACAUCGACUGGCUUUCAAUUCCGCGUUACGUAGCGGGGACUUAAAGGAUUGUGCUCAAUACUUGGACGCUGUGUCGAGGUCUGCGGACGUCGGGUCGUUUUGGUGUCAACUGGCUGAACAGGCGCUAACAGGAUACGAUGUUGAGUUGGCGACGAAAUGCUAUAAAGCAGUGGGUGAUGAGGCUAGAACAUUUUAUCUAGAGAAAACUUUCGAGUUAGCUUCAACCAAAGGGGACGGGAAUAUUGAUGAAGGUUUAAAGAGUCCCGAGGUUCGUGCACGUCUAGCAAUAUUUGUGGGGGGCUUAACCACCGCCGAAGAAUACUACGUACGUGGAGCCGCUCAGCCAGAAUUGGCCAUUAAUAUGUACAAGCAGUUCAAUAGAUGGGCAGAUGCCAUCGCCCUCGCUGAAAAAGUCGAUAGACAAGCGGUGACAUCACUCAGGCAGCAAUACAUGGACUAUCUCACGUCAACAGGUGCAAAAAUUAUAACUGAGGAAUGGUGGGAAAGGGCUGGUGAAAUAUCCGAGCGUAAAGGUGAUAUCAGAACUGCUGUUGAUUACUAUUCUAGAGGCAACAACUACGCAAGAGCCGUUCAACUAGCAAGAGAAGCCUGUCCUGAAGGAGAGUGGGGCGCGUGGCUUGUAACAUCGCGACAGGCGGGCGCCGCUGUACCUCAUCUCAUAGAGGCUGCUCGAACCGUUGAUGCUCUCACUGCGGCUCUGAAGGCACAUCAUUAUAAAAAAGCUCUUCAAAUUGUACAGGUAUUAUUAAUAAUAACUGGUUACUGA